AUGACGCGUGGUAAUCAGCGAGACACGGACCGAGCGCGUGCCCAAGCACGUCAGGCUAAACACGCCAAGGGCACGACUCAGGGCAAUCCAUUGGCUAAACGUGAAGCAGAUGCAAAAGCUUUGCAGGAGAAAAUUGCUCGUAAAGCAGCCAUGAAAGCAGAAGGUGGUGAUGUGAAUACCAGUGCCGCUAAUAACAAGGGCAAGAACAGUAAACAACAAGACAAGAAGAAAUAG